UACCCACGUGGAGUCAGUCUACUGUGUGUGGAGGCUGUCAGAUUUUGUUUUGAGUAGUGGGUGAUUUGCUACCGGUAUCCGACAGAACAACUGAUUCUCGCUGUGCUAUGGCUCAAAUACUGGAAAGUAUACUUAUCAAUUUGUUGCAGCCGGACAAUGCAGUUAUACAACAGGCCACAGCGCAGUUAAAAGAGGCAGUUAAGGAUCCUCUUAUUAUCCCAGCCCUAUGUGACGUGCUAAGAGGAGCUCAGGAUUCCCAGAUUCGUCAGUUUGCUGCAGUCUUACUGCGCAGACGACUCAUUAAAUCUUGGAAGUCCAUAACAGGCGAGCAACAAGAGAUCCUCAAGUCUCUUCUUCUAGAAACCAUUCAGCGGGAACCAGAGCACAAAGUUCGUCAUGCUCUUGCUCAGCUUUCUGCGGUGAUCCUGAAGAAUGUAGAGUUGACUUGCUGGCCACAGUUUAUCAAGUUUGUGCAAGAUGCGUCUCGCAGCACAAUCCCCGAAGAGAGACAGGUUGGACUUCUUGUUCUCAGAUGUGCUCUAGAUCUCAAUGCUGAACUGUUUCGGUCCAACUUCCCUGAUUUAAUUCGUCUUUUUCAACACACGCUGAAUGAAUCACAGAACCAAACUCUCCUCUUCUACACGCUACAGUCACUCACUAGCAUUGUGCCAGAAUUAGGAGCUCCUGAAACUAAUUUAUUGAGGCCUUUAAUUCCAAAACUGCUGAUAGCCAUACGACAAAUAAUCAGUGUUAAUGAGGACCAAGCAUGUGAGGCGAUGGAAGUUUUUGAUGAGCUUAUGGAGAGUGAAGCAUCAGUCAUAGUUCAUUAUAUAGCAGACGUUACUAAUUUCUGUCUGGAGGUGUGCGUUAACACUUCUUUAUCUGAUAAUCUUCGUGUGAAGGCCCUUUCUUGUAUUACUUUCCUUAUUAAACUCAAAAGCAAGUCAAUCCUGAAACAGAAGUUGCUGCCACAUAUUCUCAAUACUCUCUUUCCCAUCAUGUGCGCCGAGCCCCCAACUGGAGAAAUGGACCCAGAAGACCAGGAUGAUGAAGAGGAAAUGGAGGCAGACGCAGAGGUUCAGACCCCAAAACAUUAUGCUGUGCAGGUGAUUGAUAUGCUGGCUCUCCAUCUGUCUCCUGAAAAACUCAUCCCCCAUCUGUCUCCGCUUAUGGAGCCUUGUCUCCUAAGUACAAACCCCUACCAGCGGAAAGCCGGUCUGUUGUGUCUAGCUGUUCUCAGUGAGGGUUGUGCAGACUACAUUCGUAAAAAGCACCUCCAGUCUAUGCUGCAGCUGCUGUGUCAGGCAAUCUCUGAUGACAGCCAGGUUGUUAGAAAUGCAGCACUCUUUGCAUUGGGACAAUUCUCUGAAAAUUUACAGCCGGAUAUCAGUCAAUAUUCAGAUACAGUACUCCCGCUUCUUCUGGGAUACAUCGCCCGUGUAGAUCAUUCUCAAACUAGUCAUCUAACCAAGGCCUAUUAUGCUCUUGAGAACUUUGUGGAAAAUCUUGGCAAUAACAUAGAGCCCUACAUUCCCACUCUUAUGGAGCUGAUAUUGGUAUCUCUGGGUAAUUCUAAUAACAGAAUGAAGGAGCUGGCUGUGAGUUUACUGGGUGCCAUUGCUAAUGCUGCAGAAGAAUUAUUACGGCCAUAUUUCCCAUCUAUCAUGGAAUCUCUGAAAAUUCAUUUGAUGCAGUCUGAUGAAAAAGGGAGACCUGUGCAGAUCCAGUGUCUGGAAACUCUUGGUGUUAUGGUACGGACUCUUGGUAAAGAAAUCUUCCUUCCAUUGGCUGAGGAUUGCUGCCAUUUAGGACUUGGCCUUUGUGAUCGAAUCGAUGAUCCAGAUCUGCGACGUUGCGUGUACAGUCUUUUUGCAGCACUUUCUGUGAUUAUGGGAGACUCAAUCUCUUCACAUCUCGACAAAAUUACCACAUUAAUGCUUCUUUCCUUGCGAUCAAGAGAAGGAAUAGUGAUUCAUUACAGUGAAAAUCAUACCUUUAUGUUAUUUGAUGAUGAAGAUGAUGCUGAGGACGGAGAUACUGUGAUUGAAGAUGAGGAUGAAUAUAAUGAGAUUGAGGGGUUUAGUGUGGAGAAUUCCUAUAUAGAUGAAAAGCAAGAUGCCUGUAUGGCACUGGGCGAGAUUGCAUGUAAUGCCAGCGCUUCAUUUUUCCCUUAUCUUGAUUCAUGCUUUCAGGAAGUGUGUAAACAUACUGAGGGGCCUCACAACAGUGUUAGGAGUGCAGCCUUUGAAGCUUUGGUGCAGUUUGUGUGCUCCAUGAAUAUGGUGUGUCAGAGGAAUCCAAAUGAGGUGAACACUACAGUCCUGCAGAGCUACAUCUCCCAUGUCAUCCCUGCUUUACUGCGGGGAAUUAUGCAAGAUAAGGAGAGAUUAGUGGUGAUGGGAAUUCUGGAAAAUCUGAACAAGUUGCUUAAAGAUGUGAAAAGUCUAUGUGUGCAAAAUGCUGAACGACUAGAAGAGCUGUGCUUGGUCAUUAGAGCUGUACUGCAGAACAAGACUGCGUGCCAGGACCCUGAGUUUGAAGAUGAAGAUGAGCAACAGCCGGAGUUGGACUCUAUGCUAAUAGAACAUGCAGGGGAAGGGAUCCCUCUGGUUGCUGCUGCAGUUGGUGGAGCUACAUUUGCUCCUUAUUUUGUAGGGUUUCUUCCACUGCUCCUCAAUAAAACAAAGCCCAGUUGCUCCGUGGCACAGAAGUCUUUUUCAUUGGGAACUCUGGCUGAGUGCACAGCAGUUCUUGGGACAACAGCAGAGCAGUUUGUACCACAGAUUUUCCCUGCAAUGCUCUCAGGGGCAAAAGAUGAAGAUGAUGAAGUGCGCAGUAACUCAGUAUUUGGACUUGGUGUCCUGGCAGAGCAUGGAGGUGCUUCCAUGCAUCAACAUUACCCAAAACUGCUCACCCUCUUUUCCUCACUAAUUAGUUCUGACAAAGACUUGUGGGUCAGGGAUAAUGUAUGUGGAGCAGUGAGUCGAAUGAUAAUUAGUCAUCCGCAGGGGGUUCCUAUUGGACAGGUUUUUCCAGUAAUGCUUAGUACUUUACCACUAAAAAAAGAUUUUGAGGAGACUACUACCGUGGUUAAAUGCAUUACAUUCCUGUACGAGCAUUUCUCAGCACAGGUUAUCGAACAAAUAAAUAACAUUACUAGAUUUUAUGCCCAUGUUCUGGGAACGAAGGAAAUAAAACCAGAAGUUCAGGAUUCACUCAUUCUCCACUUGAAGGACAUGGAGCAACGGUUCCCACAGGAUUUGAAAAAUGCUGUGAAUUCACUUCCUGCAAAGUCAGCUGCAAAACUCCAAGUUGUUAUUGGCCGGGUGUAAAGUUCGGCUAAACAUAUUCUAAAUUGACACCACUCUUUCUCCGUAUGUUUGUUGGACAAGGAUGAGUUCACAUGUUCCGGUUCUGUUCGAGUUGCAGUUAACAACCUACCCAUGGCAUGGUUCUAGGACUGUUUAUAUAGCAGACAAUAUUAAUACAAUGAAUUAAUGCUCUUCGACCAAUCUGAGCACCAGCAUUAAAGCAAUAAAAUGGGUCCUGUUCUAAAGACA